AUGGAGCAUGCCUCUUGCAACGUAAUAUACGUGGACCGUGGCGUCUAUCAGGACCGGCACAUUAGAGGUAGCGAGAGUAGUCUCGACAAAAGUGGCCUUGAGUUCGGGUCGGCGCACACUGCAGAGAAUGUCAGGCUUCUUUUAGACAUAUUCGGCGAAGUCCACGUGUGCAAUACCGGAGGUGCUUCUCUGACCCAGUGGCUAAACAUUCAGGAUACCUCCAUGGUGGACCUGAAGCCGACGCUCAUCCUUAUAGAUACCCCUUUUCAAGAACGAAUACCUGAGAGAUCCCGGUCCAGGACGCCGUCACCGCAUUCGCCUCCGGAUGAAGACAAUGAAAAUCACGAGGAAGAGCUGUACGGACUUGGGUUGUUGCAGAGAAUCAUUUCCGAGUCAUAUAUCCGGAACCUGUCCAAAUUGGUUGUGCCCGUACCACUAGUCGCCUUUCCGCCAGCCGACAGCCAUCUGAAUGACAUCGACUCGUCCAGGGACGCGAGAGAAGAGUUUGCGAACGGCAAACUCCACCCAGGCUCGUCAAACGAUCGCAGAGCAGCCAAUAGACGGAUGGUCAAAAAGUGUCUGGACCUCGGUGCCACCGAUGUCAUGGCAAGCCCCAUGAAUGGCAAGUGCAUCACUAACCUUGAGGUACAUGUCUAUCGCGCCCACAGAGAGGCGGCUCGGGAUCAAAAGGCCAUGCUUGAGGUUCGUCGCGGCCGUAAGCGGUCUUGGGUUGGCAUAAGCGAGGAGAAGCCGUUUGCGUACCUCCGGGAGGCUAUGGUGUCGACCCUUAUGAAUGGCAUUUGCCGCAUAGAAAACGAGAAAGAGGAUCAAGUGGGCAGUGUCAACAUCUCGAUUGGCAUCGAAAAACAAGCAGCAAUCUCGUGGGCGGUGGGACAGUGGCACUUCUGUGCCCAUAACUUCUCCGACGAUGAGCUGAUUGUGGCGGCCUCGGUCAUGUUCAAACAUGCGUUGGCCAUGCCCGAGCUGGAGCCGUGGCGGAUACCAACAGACCAACUACACGGCUUUCUUAUUGCCUGCCGAGCCGCCUACAAUGGCUUUGUUCCAUAUCACAACUUUCGCCACGUUGUCGAUGUUCUACAGGCAACUUUCCACUUUUUGGUCCGCAUUGGCGCUUUACCUCCUUACCCGUCCACCGAUGCUUCGCGUCCAGUUUCACCUCCGAAAUCGCCAAUAGCGCGCCUUCUGGGGCCGUUUGAAGCACUAACACUCCUCAUCACCGCUAUUGGCCAUGACGUAGGACAUCCAGGUGUCAACAACGGCUUUCUGGUGACGCUAAAUGCGCCGCUCGCCCAGCUAUACAACGACCGCUCGGUUCUCGAAUCUUUCCACUGUGCUGCAUACUCACAAAUUCUCCGGAGAUAUUGGCUGUCGGCCUUCAACGACAACAAGAUGCGGAACCUUAUGAUUAGCUCCAUAUUGGCAACCGAUAUGGGCAUGCACUUCGACUAUAUGAAGAAGCUGGUAGAUCUGCAGGACAAGCUGCGUGUGGAUAAUAGCACCGAAAACUGGAAUGGCCGUAUGAUUGAUGAACAGAAAGCGCUAGCAUGCGCGCUUCUUAUCAAAUGCGCAGAUAUCAGUAAUGUUGCUCGGAGGCAUGAUACUGCAGUUCAGUGGAUGCACAUUCUUUCGGACGAGUUUUCCCGCCAGGCCGCCAUGGAGACUGAGCUAGCUAUCCCUACAUCUCUUAUGGCGCCGCCAAAGAAGGAGAUUUUGGCGUUGGCCAAGGCACAGCUGGGCUUCAUGAACCUCUUUGCUAUACCCUUGUUUCAGGGCGUUGCAGAUAUCCUACCUGCUAUGCAGUAUUGCAUCGAUGAGCUUAACGUGAACAAAGGGCUUUUCGAGAAGUGUGUGGCAGAUGAGGAAGCCAGAGGGUCGGCGGCUGGCAAAUCCCCCCAACGCGACGAGCUUCCUCCCAAAGCCAUGAGCUUCGCCGUCUCCCCAGAGCCCGCAACCGAGGCUCGUCCUGUUAAACAAGAACUUCAGCCAGUCCCUACGCUAGUUGUGGCCCAGCCAACUGCAGAGAACGACGGAACUCGGAAACCCGACACGGUAGAGACGAGUCCGAUACCCGAAGUGCCAGUUGAAUACAAGGGCCUGAACGGGUUAGUGACGAGCUUUGAUGCCGUGGCCGACUUUGCUCGCAGCGAUCCGUUUAACGUUGAAGGCAAGCCUCCAGGCUCAACCAAGCAGAGGUGUAGCGAAACUACCGAAGGGAGCUCUGCGCCUUAUUCUGGAGACUGGGCCUCGCAAGCGACUAGCGCAACAACGGGUAAGAUGCCGUUAUCGCCGAGCACGCAGGGGACGAGCAUUAUUAGCAGAGAUUCACUGGACAGACCCAACAGCGUCCCAGUGACAACCAUUACGGCCCAAGAGUCGACGACGACGGUGCCGGAAUCAACGAAAAGCCAACCUGAGUUGAAGGUUAACAAUCGCCCACUGGACGAUGGGGCCUCUCUGAACUGCAAUCCAAACGGAACUUGCAAGGGCGCGGAUGCGGGAGCAGAUGGCGAAAAGUCUCUUAAGAAGAAGCCAAGCCGGUUUAGGAUCAACGGCUUGCCUUUCUUCAGAAAGCACAAAUCGCCAAGCCCACCAAUGCAUGCUGCAGACAAAGCGGGAUAG